GAUUGUAGGCAGUGUCGAUGGUACUACCGGAAAUGAAUGGGAGGGGCAGAAUUGGGAGUUAGUUUUUUUUGGUGUUUGUUUUGUUUUGUUUUUUAAAGAAAUAACAGCAGUAUUAUUUAAAGAAUAAAAUAAAGAAUUCACUUGAAAUCCGUCAGGAGUAGAGAGUCUUUUCCGCGGCGCGGCGGCAGAGAGGUUGAGCGGAUGGGAUGGAGCCGGUUGCUGCUGUCGUAGAGGAUUCGGAGGUGCAAGGAGAACCUCCUUUAGAAGCUGCCGAGUCGGAUCGGGAGGUGUACACUCACUUCAUGAAGUCGCACCGCUGCUACGACCUCGUCCCCACCAGCUCCAAGCUGGUUGUGUUCGAUACCUCGCUCCAGGUGAAGAAGGCGUUUUUCGCUCUCGUCUCGAAUGGCGUUAGGGCAGCCCCUCUGUGGGACAGCAAGAAGCAGUGCUUUGUAGGCAUGCUAACUAUUACAGACUUCAUCAAUAUCCUGCAUCGCUAUUACAAGUCACCGUUGGUUCAGAUCUAUGAGCUGGAGGAACAUAAAAUUGAAACCUGGAGAGAGUUGUAUCUACAGGACUCUUUUAAACCACUAGUGAGCAUCUCUCCCAAUGCUAGUCUGUACGAUGCUGUCUCGUCGCUGAUAAAGAAUAAAAUCCACCGGCUGCCUGUGAUCGACCCCCUGACUGGCAACACGCUGUACAUCCUCACACACAAGCGCAUCCUCAAAUUCCUCAAGCUCUUUAUUUCUGAGAUGCCGAGGCCGGAGUUCAUGAAGAAGACCCUGGAGGAGCUGAGCAUCGGCACGUUUGAUAAGAUCGCGAUGGUGCGCACCAGCACGCCUGUAUACACAGCGCUGGGCAUCUUUGUAGAGCAGCGUGUCUCUGCCCUGCCUGUGGUGGAUGAGUCGGGGCGAGUUGUGGACAUUUACUCAAAGUUUGACGUUAUUAAUCUGGCAGCUGAGAAGACGUACAAUAACCUGGACAUCACAGUGACCAAGGCUCUGCAGCACCGCUCACAGUACUUUGAGGGCGUGCUCAAGUGCUACACACACGAGACGCUGGACACCAUCAUCAGCAGGCUGGUGGAGGCAGAGGUGCACAGGCUGGUGGUGGUGGAUGAGAACGAGGUGGUGAAAGGCAUCAUCUCCCUCUCCGACAUUCUGCAGGCGCUCGUCCUCACUGGUGGAGGAGUGAAGACUGCCUGAGAAGUGUCUGUCACAGACUGCUGGAUUCAGUAACAUCACCACCAGUGUGAGACCAAACCAGGCACAUCCCACUCAGCAUCUGGGAGAGUGUUGUCCAGAAAUAAACCAUUUGUACAGCAGCUCGAUGGGUCAGGGCAGGUUAUAGAAGAGAAGCAAAGACCGAGGUGUAAUCCAAAUGAUAGCACUGCUGUAGGGACUCGCGGUUUUAACAGCACUGCAAUAUACCAUGUAUCAUAUCAAUACUAUUUUUAUAUUUAAUUCAGUCCUUUAUCAUAGCAGUAGGCAAUAGUGGAGCACAGUUUUUGGAGGCACAGGGGGUGAUGUUAUUUUUUAUGAUUUUUAACUUGUCAAGGAAAUUGCUUGACCAAACUAUACAUUUAAUUUGUUAUUAUUAUUAUUAUUAUUAUUAUUAUUAUUAUUAUUAUUAUUAUUAUUAUUAUUAUUAUUUUAAGCAGUAUGCAUUUGCCCAUAUCAGCACACUUAAUUGUGCUCACAUUUUCAUGCUCAUCCCUAUGAAUUAUUUUUUUCUGAUUUGUGCCUGCUGAAGAAGAAACUGUAUAGAUGUGAUUAUAAAAUUCCAAAACAAAUAAAAGAAACUCCUCUCGAAAAACCUAAAACAACAGCAAGCGCCUGAAAAUGUGUAAAAGCCGUUUCGCUUCUGAUCUGGCCUUUUUAAAAUCCUGUUUUACUUUCCUUUUAGUAUCCGUCAGUGUAAACUAAGAGUAAACUAAAAGUAAAAUUCAAUUAAAUAUUUCAUGUCCUCUUUUUAAUGUCCUCAAAUAAAAUAAAAUCAGAGACUUUAUUUGAAAUGCUUGCCGUUGAAUUUUAGUUUCUGCAACACAAUGUGUUUAUUAAAAAGAAACUGUAUCAAUGCAUUACCUGGUACUAUAUUCUGAGUUCCACAGAAGAAGGGGGGAUGUUGGUUGAUUCAAUGUUUCUGCUUGUUAUGCUUAUUUUGCCAGGUUAUUGGUGAAUUCCUGAUAGUCACUUUUUUUAAAAAGUGAUAUUAAAAAGGUUGGACUGCACACAGUAUUCUACAUUUUUUCUGUUACCAAAGAACCUUGACUCGUAUUUCUCUUUGGGCUGGGCUGUAGGUCACAAAUGAUUUGCGUCUGCAUGCUGGUUAAAGUUCCAAACUGAACCGUUGCUGAAGCAGGUGAUCCUUCCCUUGGGUCACCAUUAUCAUGCGGACCGUUGCAGUGCAGGCUAGGGGUAAUGCUGGUUAGGGUUAUGUUGCUUUUUAAUUUAAGCCUUGCACAAGGUCUGUUUUUUCUGGUAUCUCUUCAGGGGGGGAGAUAUUAAGUAAAUUAUGUUGUGUUUAUAGUGACUUAAAUAGUCCGGACAGUUUCAGUUUGAAGUGAGUUAGCGAAUGGUCAUUGCACAGUUAAGUACAAUAGUUUAAUAGUUCUGUAACCGAGGCUGUUAGGGUCCAUUGCAUAAUACAUGUCCUGUUAAUCACCAAUGUGGUGAAUUCUCACAUUGGGGAAAUAGCACAGGAGACCUGUACACUAUAGUAAAUCAUUUUAGCAUCUUUUGAAAAACAAAGCCUAGCAUUGGGGAACACUGCAUAGCACAGAGCCACGUGGAAACGAAUAGAUGAUAAUAAUGGCAGUUUACAACAAAGCUGCAUUGUUUCGUAAUCUGUAUUCUGCUAAAGAGUUGAGUCCCGGUUCUUCAGAGGUUGGCUGGAGUUUGUCUUCCUGUUGUGUUCUGCCCUUGCUUCUGGUUAAGAGUAGGGUUGAGAAAGGGCUUGCUCAAACUGCAGGAGCCAGCCUUUGACUCAACCGCUGCCUAAAACACCAGCCCAUCCCUGUGUGUGCAAACUGGGUGAAACGGCCAACACUGAAAUGCAGUUUCUCCCUGUUUGUUUGUUUGUGGAUUUCAAUCCUGUCUGUUUUGUGGUGGGUUCAGUUUGUUUAAUGAGUCGGGGGAAUGCUGUAUGCUGGCUGAGUAAAUGCAUGCACAAUGAUACACUUUCUUCCCAGGGGGGAAAGAAACCGCAUGCCAUCAUAAAAAAACACUUUAUACUGUCUCAUCCUUAUGAACAGAGUCAAACAGACACACAGCUAGUGUAAUGAUACUCCCCUUCACUGUGUGUCAAGGUACCACGUCUAAAGCAGUUCUUUAUGCGCUGUGUUUUACAUGGCAUAAAUAAGUAUUCAUUAAAUGAAGUUCCACGGUAUUAGACAGUCAUAGAUAUACUUGCAGGGUGCUUGUGUGUAUCCACCAUCAGCCUGCCAUUGCAAUUGUGUAAGUGGAGGAUUGUUUAUCAAGACAUGUUUCCUGCUACAGCAAAUAUAUUUAAUAUUUUAAAAGCCAACUGUCGCUUUUCUGUUUGUCAUAACCAGGGUUGGAGUCGAUUUCCUUUUUUCAGUUCCAAUUCCUUGACCCCAACCCUGGUCAUAACAUCCUGGUGACUGUUUUUAAAAAAGUUACAGUUCACCCCCUGUGGCCUCAAUAGAGCUCUCAAACAUGUCUUCUCACUGAAGUGCAGUCAUGCACCACAGUGUACAACACUUUUUUUU